GCAAUCGCAAGCCCCCUCGUUUCCGUUACCGGUAAAAUCACAUCUCUCACCCAGACACACACGCUAGCCGACAAACCUCAACCCCACCUUAUACAGCCGGUCAACCGACGUAUCCAGUUUAUCCUUACCGGUACCGCCGGUUUCCUUCUUCAUCUCCCUCUCUUAUUACUCGAGAAAUCUCCGCGUAUAAAAAACCCCAUACCCCUCCAUUUAUUCUUCCACUUCCCGAUACAGUUUUUCAUUUUUUAACCUUCAAUCCCAUCACAACGUCGUCGUUGCGAUUCUCGAUCAUAUAUUCCUCUAGAUCUAAUCCCGUCACGAGUUUCUGAAACUUGCUUUAAGAUGGCAGAUAAUGAGGAGGUAGAGGAAAGUACUGCUCGUGGGAAUGGAUGGGAAGUUGUCUCACUUACAGAAUCAACAUAUGCUGCUUCUCCUGGUCCACAAGGAGUUGAAUUGAACAAUGACGGCAAGAUCAAUACCUAUGGAGAGCAAGCGGAGACUUCUCAUGCUCUGUUCAUGUCUGGUCACUUUGUUUUUCCACCCAGUCAGCACGAGAAUUUGCCUGUGGAGACUGACAGCAGCAAAAUUCAUAAUGAACAUGUGGACAAGGAUGCAGUAACUGAGGCUGAGAUAGGUAUUGAAGGUGGUAGGUCCAGUGGAAAGGAGGAAGACACUUUGACUUUGAAAGGAUUGAAUGUUCCGGAUGAGUUUACGGGAAUGCCGUUUUCAAAAGAGAAGGAUAAUAUGCUAUCCAUUGGUGGUACAGACUUUGAAGAAGGCGCUACACUGCAAGGGUCUAUGGCUGACAAAGAGCAGACUAUAUAUGAUGCUGCUAAAUAUAGUUUAGAUGGUGAAACAGCUCUUGGUGGUUCAACCCCAUUUGGUGAGAGCACUGCUCUUCCUGGACGUAUUGAACCUUCAGAACAAGGUUUAGACUCUUCUGAGGACAUCUCACAAUCCCCAAGGCCACCGCAUGAUGAUAAAUUUGACGUUUCUGGCCUGCCCUGUGGAGCGUGGUGGAAAAGAAGAGCUGCUUCAUUGUAUUGUCAUGCAAAAGAAGCAAAUGCAUAUUGGUCUAUUUUUGUAGCAGCAGCUGUGAUGGGGCUUGUGUUACUCGGGCAGCGGUGGCAGAAUGAGAGGUGGCAGGCUCUACAACAAAAGUGGCAGUUGAGCGUCAAUGAUCAGAAAACAGGAAGGAUUCUUGGUCCCAUAUCUCGACUUAAAGAAGUGAUAGUUGGCAGCCAGAGCCGAGGAUCCUUUAUCCGGGUCAGCUCCUCAAGCGACUCUUAAGAUGAUGACGAAAAAUACCACAGGGUUGGAGGGAGAGAGAGGGGGGGAAGAUACACAGAUGAGGGGGUUAUGAUAUGUUUAGUUUGUUGUCCAACUGUGGUUCACUCAUAUUCCUAGUCUCAAAGUUUGAUGUUGCCAUUGUAUGAUAUUUUCUUUUAUUGCCUUGAAUUUGACUUGUACAGAGCUCACAGGGGGGCUGGCAAUAACUCACAUGUUAUACUUAUUUCUAUGUUUAAUUUU